UACAUAGAUACGUUUUGCACUAAGUUCACAAUAGUCUUUUUUUUCUGUAUAGAUAAUAUGGCUCGUUUGCAGUUACAAUAUGAAUAAAGUAAGAGUUGGUUAAUCGGCAUGGAUUAUUCCCUAGCAUGGGUUAUUGUGACAGUGUUUUUCACACAAGCAUCAGAAUUUUGUCCGCCGAAAUGGGUUUGGUCUGGUCAAUUUAACGCUUGCUAUAAAGUCUUCAUGACGCCUAAAGACUGGGAAGACGCCAGAAACUUUUGUGAAAAACGGAAUGCAAAACUUACUGACCUAUACGACUAUGAAGAACAAAUGUUUAUAAAAGACACGUUGCUCGAGGCGGUCAGUGGACACGGUGUUUGGGUUGGGGCCACGGAUGAUGAUGAGGAAGAUGACUGGAGAUGGGUGGACAAUACUAAAGUAGACAUAGACAGGUACAGCUGGUGGCAAGGAAAUCCAAACAAUGGUGAUGUUCCACCAUUUAUUGAUUUGGUCAUACCCGGAGAAGACUGUUUAGAGAUAAGCCUCAAAACAAGAUACCGGGGUCAGCUGAAUGACUACAAUUGUGAGAAAAAGAUGGCAUUUAUAUGUAAAAAGAAAGAUAUUUCCACAACUAGUUCAACACUGGAAACGACAGGUAUUGUGACGGAGAAAGAUUUGUCUAAAGAAGCGACAGAUGAAUCUAUGACACCGAUAGUACCAGCCCUUGUAUCAGUGUUCCUCAUAGCUGUAAUAGCGUCGGUAGCUGGUAUUGUGAUCUUCUUAAGGCGUUACCGGAAACAGAAAUCUACAAGAAACUAUUACGAAGACGCCCACGUCACACCAUCAGCUAAUGAAAAUUUUUACACAUGUCUUGAUACUUCUGAUCACUUGUCAAUAUGUAAAAAUGACAGUGCCCGUGUAGAUUUAAGCGACCAAAGUAGUAUUCAUGAAUACCAUAGCGUGCACUUUUCAACAUACGAGUCAGUCAAUGGCAAUAAAACUAAAGUGGAUGUUGCAGGAACAGAUUAUUUAAAACCUUCAACACCCAGAAGAUAUUAAAAUCGUGCACUGUGUGUCAGUGUGUUGACAAUGGACUGUUGGCUAGAAAAAGGAAAUUGAUGAGCAGAAUAGUCCUAACACUUACUAGUCUUAGUAACAAUUCAAGGCUGUGCACAUUACAAUCUGUUUUCCAGGCUAACUGUAAGACAAUGGUGAAGCAUGCUUUGGUCUGUAUCUUUAACAUAUCAAAAUAUACCUAUACCAAAUUUACUCGAGUGUCAUAUCGCUUGUCACUUUGUAGUCGAUGAUAAAUACUAAUAUGCUUGCCUCUGUUAAAACACACUAACGCUAGAAUGUAUUUUAUACACCUUUAACAUGAUUAAGAAAACUUCACAAAACCUGUAAAAAUGU